GAAUGUGCCUGCCCACUUUGUAAAGCUCAGCCACUUAUCUCUAAACAGAAAUAUAUGUUUGGAACUUUUUUCACCAGUCUUGGCCAGCAGUGGUUAGUGUGUGAGUCUAGUUGCUCAAGCUUGGAAGCAGAACGACAGGACUUAAAGUUGGAAAGCUUUCAGCUGCUCAGUUAUUUGAAGCUUUUGAAAGAGCUCUCACUACAACUGGAUUGGACAUAAUGCCAACCUUUGAUGAGUUGUUGGUGGACAUUGGGGAGUUUGGUUCAUACCAGAAGAGGGUUUUUCUGCUAGCGUGUGUUCCCGGUAUACUUUUCAGCUUUGUUUUUGUGGGGAUAGUUUUCCUGGGGGAUACUCCUGCUCACUGGUGCCGGAGCCCUGCAGUGGAUGAAAUCAGAGAAAAAUGCGGCUGGACUUGGGAGGAAGAGAGGAACUUUACAGUUCCCCAGCUGAAAGGGACUGAGGGUUCCUUCAGCCAGUGUGAGCAAUACGAUAUACAUUGGAACAGCACUGACUUUAGCUGCGGCAAGCCACUGUCACAGUCUACUAACUACUCUACAGAUGGGAUACCUCUUACUCCCUGUAAGAAUGGCUGGAACUUUGAUACUUCAAGAACCACAAUUGUCAGUGAGUAUGACCUUGUAUGUGACCAUGCAUGGAAGGUAGACCUUACCCAAGCUUUCCUGAAUGUGGGAUUACUAAUCGGAGCGGUGGUCACUGGCUAUGGAGCAGAUCGGUUUGGUAGAAAGUUGUGUAUCCUUAUUUCUGUUUUGGAUUGGGGCUCUCUGGGGCUCUCUGGGGUAGCAGUGGCAUUUUCACCCAACUACAUAGUAAUGCUGCUGUUCCGCACAAUUCAAGGUGUCUUUGGGAAAGGAGCAUGGAUGGCUUCAUAUGUGCUGGUAACAGAAAUAGUUGGAUCAAACCACAGGAGGGUUGUCUCUAUUGUGGCUCAGAUAUUUUUUACAUUUGGGGUGGUAAUCUUUCCCGGAAUCGCAUAUCUCAUCCCCUCAUGGAAGGCCUUACAACUGACCAUCACACUGCCAACCUUCAUCUUAUUGGUAUACUUCUGGCUCAUUCCGGAAUCCCCACGGUGGUUGUUGAAUCGGCAAAAAAUGAAAGAAGCCUUGAAAAUUGCAGGGGACAUUGCCAAGCAAAAUGGAAGAUCAUUACCAGAAAAGUACAGAGAGAUGAAACUUUUAGAGCCAAACCCUGAAGAUUUCAGUAACCCAUCCUUUCUAGAUCUGUUUAGGACCUCACAGAUGAGGAAGCAGACACUCAUUCUAAUGUAUGCCUGGUUCACAAGUGCAGUGGUUUACCAAGGGCUUAUUAUGCGUCUAGGAAUCGUAGGAGGUAACCUAUACCUUGGGUUCUUUAUCUCCGGGAUUGUGGAACUGCCUGCAGCAUUCAUUAUUUUAUUGACUAUUGACCGAGUGGGGAGACGUCUUCCGUUUGCCACUGCUAACAUGGUGGCAGGAGUGGCAUGUCUUAUUACCACUUUAAUUCCAGAAGACAUAAACUGGCUAAAGACAACCCUUGCAGUUAUUGGCAGGCUUGGGAUAACAAUGGCGUAUGAAAUUGUUUACCUUGUAAACUCUGAGCUGUAUCCCACAUCAAUAAGGAACCUUGGAGUUUCUGCAUGCUCGUCCCUUUCUGAUGUGGGAGGGAUUGUAGCCCCCUUUUUGCUAUACAGACUAGCAAGUAUAUGGUUAGAACUACCUUUGAUAUUGUAUGGAGUCAUCGCUGUGUUGUGUGGUGGGCUAGUAAUGCUUUUACCAGAAACCAACGGCAUUGAUUUACCUGAGACAGUGCAAGAUGUAGAAACAUUAGGAAGGGGCCACAAGGCUAAAGUUAAAAGAAACAAGUCGAAGACUAGAGAUUCCUGCAUAUGACCACAAAGCAAGAGAAAACUUUGAACAUAAACUAAAUCCAGGUUACUGUCGUUAUUACGCACAAGUAUCUUAGUAAAACUAUUAUUUAGGAACAGUCAGUGGAUGUGGAGUGACCUGUUGUUUGUCUCUUCUUGUUCCUUGUACAGUAGCUGCCCCAGGAUCAUAGUGGUUACAUUUUUUUUGUACUCUGCCAUGACUAAACCUGCCUAUCAAUCUGCCAGCAUUCAGAAUUUUGGUUUCUCAUAUAUGUUUCUGUAUGUGAUGCAGAGUUACCAAAGUAUUUUUUUUUCUUUUUCUGUACAAUAAAUAUCAUAUUUUGCAAAACUUAUACAUCUAUGGCCCAGUGUUAUGCAUCACCAAUUUUAGGAUUGAGACAUCAUGAUCAUAACCGCCCCAUGCUUUUUAAAGGUUUAAGGCUUUCAGGUACCAGUUUUCCAAUGAAAGUACAAGCUUAUUAUGUUGCUUAAAGGUGAAAUCUAAUUUAGUUUGUGUUGUCCUUGAUUAACAAUGCACAAUCUUGUUACCGCCCUCCCAUUUUUUUGUCUGUGUAAACAUAUGUACAGUCCCUGAUGAGUCCUGACCAUUAUUAAAAUCGCUUGUUUCUUCCUUCA